ACUCUCUCACCGUCCGUUAUCGGCCCCCGCAGCCUCAGCUCCUCAUGUUCAAUGUUGGUCAUCAAAAGCAGACGCCAAUGAGUUUUUUAUUUUCAUACAAACUACAUCUUUUUUGUCAGCCCCUGUUUGUCAUCCUCGCCAGUCUAAGCCCAAUUCGUCUCGCCGAGCGCAUAGCCCGUAGCCGCCAUCGCUUGCCAAUGCUGCUGCUGAACGCUGCAUCGUCGCGUGCAUCGCGUUGUCAGUACCAGGCAGUUAUGAGUCUUCGGCCUGGUUGUUCAGGGGGGAGUAUCUAUGAACGAUGCGUCAAUAUGUCAAGUAGAUUCAUCACGCUCUGGUCAUUGACACCAUGUCAUCCUCAUUCGAGCUACUCACAAGUCGCUCCGUAGCACGUUCAGAGAUCACCUCUCUCUCUCUCUCUUCCAGCACACUGCUCACUACCUAUCGCUCAACGCCUGCACUGUCCUGGGUCGACGCCUUCACUCUCCCCUCCCUGAACUCACUCUCCAAGUCUUCCGGUGCGGCGGCAGUCCUCAUUCCCGAGGAGAAAGGCAGCUACACGCACGCCAAGCGGAAUGAACCCAUUCGAGCAGUCACAGUGAGAGAGGGGUUGGCCCAGCGCGGCGUCGACAACAGCCAAGAAAGCACCAUCGUCAUCCGGGACGUGAGGAGCGGCAAGUCACUGGGCGAUAUCAAGGGGGCAUGCGGUAACCCCAUCGCCGUCUCUCAGGACGGGCGUCUGCUCGCCGCGCGCGACGCCUCCUCCCCCGUGAGGAUUGGCAUCUGGGAUAUCAAGACGGGCGAGAGGGUGGCCCUCAUCGCAUCCCACAUCGAUCUGGUCAUGCACACCGUCUUCACGCCGCAAGGCACACUUGUCACGGCGUCCAAGGAUGGCACGCUGCGCGUCACCAACAUCAAGACCACCAGGACGGUGGCCAGGCUGGAGAUGGACAGCACGAACCCGACAUUAGUGGGCGUGUCGAGGGAUGGAUGCGAGAUUUUCUCUCUAUGGGGACGGAUGCAGUACACCUGGGUGCCCGACCACAGCAGCUUGGCGUCGUCCUCGCUGUCCGCGGGGCGGACCAAGGAGGGAUGGCCCCUUUGCUUCUCCCCCGACGCACGCUUCCUCGCCUGCAGGACGGAAGACGGAUUCGAUAUUAUGGAUGUCAUGUCGAAAGAGAUUGUGCUGGAAAGAAACAGCGAGAGCAUGAUCACGGCGGCGGCGUUUGAUGACAGUGUCCAGCGAUUCUGCGUGGGGAAGAUGGAUGGCACCAUUGAAGUUUGGGAGCUUUACGAGCUCGGCAGCUGCAAGUCUUGAUGGGGUCCGGAGCGUUCUCAGUUUAUCGUUGUGAUUCGGAGGACUUGACAUGGGCCUGACCACCUACCAGUGCGUGUGUGGUUCGGUAUUGGCGCAGUCAGUGUAUUAUUGUAUUGGGUUCCUAGUUAGUAUAUGAUUUCCGCAGCAAGGAGUUGACAGACAGAUACCAAUUUGCGAAAUAAAAUAAGUACAUUCAUUCAUU